AUGCCUGUAUUACAACCACAUACCUCCCUCCCUCCUCCCUCCUCCCCCACACUGGUUUGGAACCUCAAACCCCGAUCGUCACCAGAGGAAGCUCAACCGGCGGGACUUAUUGCCCUUGGAGUCUGCCUCGGGGUGGCCCUGGCCAUAGUCCUCAUCUGGUACACCUGUUGCCGGGCACAAACGGGGCCACUGAAGGAGGUGCAAAUGUGCAAACGGGGUUCGAGGAUGAGGAAAGAGGUAUACGACACCUCAGACUCAUACCCAAGCCCGAUGAUGAUGCCACCGCUGGCAUAUGGAGCGUCCAACGGAUAUCCGAACCCGGUUACGGUUCCGCCGCAGGCAUACGGCAUUUCCCAUUCAUACGGAGACCCGGCCGCACCUCCACAGACAUACGGCAUUUCUAAUUCAUACGGAGACCCGGCAGCCCCGACACAGACUUAUGGCGACACUGAUCCAUAUCCGAAUCCUGUCAUGGCUCCCCCGCCGGCGGCAAUGGGAUCGGGGAUGACGCACCCGCCGAAGGCAUACACCCACCACGCCAUGAGCUACUUGGAUCCGCGAAAGUCAGUCGAGCCACAAGCGGUACCGGCAAGCAUCCAAGCGGCGCCGGAGAUGACGGAGGCACCGUUAGGGAGGCGAGCGGUGACGAGCCUUCCACUUCCUAUGUUUACAAGGAGUCUGGGGGGUACCAAUACUAGGCGGUCAGUUCGGAAGUCAGUCUCCCGGGGACAACCAUCAUGGGCCGGAAUACGCAACUGCAAGGGCGCCUGGCGCUGGUAA